CAGAGCUUGUGCAGCAGUGCAGUAUAAUGGGAGCGCAAGCAACCCAGAGCGCCUCAUAGGGGGCUGCAUAUCGCUGCUGUAUCCUCUGCUUGGCGCUCUCUAGCUCCUCGCCACCCAUCUCCAGCACAUCACCUAUAGCCCAUGCUCGGGCUCCCCCCCCUCCCCACCGGAUCCGUACCCUUCAACAUGGAUGUCCCGCCGUCCCUCGACCCAGUGGAUUGUUGUUUCUUGGCGCAGUGAAGGUGGAGAAGGAGACGGGAAAGGAAUCAUGCCGGGACUGCUAAUGGAUAUGGGGAAAGCGCAAGUGACCAUGCCGUGAUCUUGCGCAUCCAGGGCCGCCGUCACCCUGCCUUGCCCAGCGACCGUUGAAAGAAUUACGUGGGAAUCGAACCCGCGCACCGGGGGGGGAUUAACCCGCUGUGUAUUUUUUAAAAACAACAUGAAGAUUACCUCCCAUCAUCUGAUGAUAACCAGUCUCGUUUUCAGAUCCAACCUCAGGCUGAUCCCGCUUCUGCUGCUGUUUCUCGGUUACACUCGCGGGAUGCAACACGUUUUGAGAUUCGGAGGAAUAUUUGAAUCCAUUGAGAGCGGCCCUUCCGGAGCGGAGGAACUCGCCUUUAAAUUUGCCUUGAACACAAUCAACAGGAACCGCACCUUGCUCCCCAACACGACGCUGACCUAUGACAUUCAGAGAAUAAACGUCUUUGACAGCUUUGAGGCGUCCAGGAAAGCAUGUGAUCAGCUUUCCCUCGGAGUGGCGGCCAUCUUUGGCCCCUCGCACAGCUCGUCGGCAAAUGCGGUCCAGUCCAUCUGCAACGCUCUGGGAGUCCCCCACGUCCAGACCAAGUGGAAACACCAAGUGUCGGACAACAGGGACUCGUACUAUGUCAGCCUGUACCCCGACUUCUCCUCCCUCAGUAGAGCCAUCCUGGACCUGGUGCACUUCUUCAAGUGGAGGACGGUCACUGUCGUUUACGACGACAGCACAGGUACAGGUCUCAUUCGACUGCAGGAGCUGAUCAAGGCGCCGUCGCGCUACAACAUUCGUUUGAAGAUCCGACAGCUGUCCACGGAGACCAAGGACGCCAAGCCACUUCUGAAGGAGAUGAAGAAGGCAAAGGAGUUCCAUAUCAUCUUUGACUGUGGACACGAGAUGGCCGCCUGGAUCCUAAAGCAGGCGCUCGCCAUGGGUAUGAUGACGGAGUACUACCAUUACAUUUUUACUACCCUGGAUCUUCUUGCCGUGGACGUGGAGCCAUAUCGUUUCAGUGGAGUCAACAUGACCGGUUUCCGCAUCCUCAACACGGAAAACUCUCAGGUGACGUCAAUCAUCGAGAAGUGGUCGAUGGAGCGGCUACAAGCUCCGCCUAAACCGGACUCGGGCCUGCUGGAUGGUUUCAUGACGACGGACGCGGCGCUGAUGUACGACGCCGUGCACGUGGUGGCCGUGGCCGUGCAGCAAUCGCAGCAGAUCACCGUCAGCUCGCUGCAGUGCAAUCGCCACAAGCCGUGGCGCUUCGGGGGGCGCUUCAUCGGCCUCAUCAAAGAGGCUCACUGGGACGGCCUGACUGGACGCGUUCUAUUCAACAAGACCAACGGACUGAGAACAGAUUUCGACCUGGAUGUGAUCAGUCUGAAGGAGGAAGGGCUGGAAAAGAUUGGAACGUGGGAUCCUAACAGCGGUCUGAAUAUGACAGAAAGUCACAAGAGCAAGGCGUCCAACGUCACCGAUUCUCUGGCUAACAAAUCCCUGCGCGUGUCCACCAUACUGGAGGAGCCGUAUGUGAUGUUCAAGAAGUCCGACAAGCCUCUGUACGGGAAUGACCGCUUUGAGGGUUACUGUAUCGACCUGCUGAGGGAGCUCUCUGCCAUCCUGGGUUUCCGCUACGAGGUGCGAUUAGUGGAAGACGGGAAAUACGGCAUGCUGGACGACGGCACGGGCCAGUGGAACGGCAUGGUGCGAGAGCUGAUGGACCAUAAAGCAGACCUGGCAGUGGCUCCUCUGACCAUCACCUAUGCAAGAGAGAAGGUCAUCGACUUUUCCAAGCCCUUCAUGACGCUGGGGAUAAGUAUCCUGUACCGCAAGCCCAACGGCACCAACCCCGGAGUGUUUUCCUUUCUCAACCCCCUCUCGCCUGAUAUCUGGAUGUAUAUUCUGCUGGCUUGCUUGGGUGUCAGUUGUGUGCUGUUUGUCAUAGCCAGGUUUAGCCCGUACGAGUGGUACAACCCGCAUCCGUGCAACCCCGACUCAGACGUAGUGGAAAACAAUUUUACUCUGCUCAAUAGUUUCUGGUUUGGAGUUGGGGCUCUCAUGCAGCAAGGCUCCGAGCUCAUGCCUAAGGCGCUUUCGACUCGGAUAGUGGGAGGCAUUUGGUGGUUCUUCACCCUCAUCAUCAUCUCCUCCUAUACUGCUAACCUGGCUGCCUUCCUCACCGUGGAGAGGAUGGAGUCACCCAUAGACUCAGCCGACGACCUGGCCAAACAAACUAAAAUCCUGUACGGCGUGGUGGAGGAUGGAGCCUCUAUGACCUUCUUCAAGAAAACAAAAAUCUCCACCUAUGACAAGAUGUGGGAGUUCAUGAACAGCAGACGGCAGUCGGUGAUGGUGCAGAACGUGGAGGAGGGCAUCCAGCGCGUCCUCACCUCGGACUACGCCUUCCUCAUGGAGUCCACCACCAUCGAGUUUGUCACUCAGCGCAACUGCAACCUCACGCAGGUUGGAGACCUCAUAGACUCCAAGGCCUACGGAGUGGGAACGCCUAUGGGCUCUCCAUACAGGGACAAGAUCACAAUAGCCAUUCUGCAGCUGCAGGAGGAAGGGAAGCUGCACAUGAUGAAGGAGAAGUGGUGGAGAGGGAACGGCUGUCCCGAAGAGGAGAGCAAAGAGGCCAGUGCGCUCGGGGUGCAGAAUAUCGGCGGGAUCUUCAUCGUGCUGGCCGCAGGACUGGUGCUGUCGGUGUUUGUGGCCGUCGGGGAGGUUCUGUACAAGUCCAAACAGAACGCGCAGCUGGAGAAGCGAUCGUUCUGCAGCGCCAUGAUGGACGAGCUGCGCGUCUCUCUGAAGUGCCAACGCCGCCUCAAACAGAAGCCUCAGCCGCCCGUCAUUGUAAAGACUGAGGAGGUCAUUAACAUGCACACGUUCAACGACAGGAGACUCCCGGGGAAGGAAACCAUGGCAUGAGGACUGACGCGUACCCCCCAAAAACAACAACGAGUAAAAUACACAGAGGGGAGACUAAACGCUGACUCCACCACUAACUGACGUCAGCAGUCCAAACAGGAUUUUCUUAUGUAGACAGAUGUUUCCUGUGGAAAUAUAAAUAGCCGAGCAGUGUCACCUCACUGUGACGUUCACGUUUUUGAAGGAAGUUCAGAGAGAGGGGAAUUUGGACUUUGGUUGGGGUCGUGGUUUGUUGCCGAUGACGACGAGUGUAAAUUGAAAUGAUCCGUGUUGGUGUUUCGGGAUGAAACAUGAGUCUGGUCCACACUAGACGUGGAUUUAAACACACAAACACACACACAUAUAACACAUGUACGCACACAGACGCUCAUGUGACACAUGUUCAGACAAGGAAAAUCUAUUGUGACAGUAACACCAGAUGUAGUUUUUUCUGUUGAUGUCAACGCCCUUUGUCUUACCUCCGUGUGUGAGUGUGUGUGUGUGUGUGUGAGAGAGAGAGAGAGAGAGAGAGAGAGACCCCCGUGUGUCUCACCCUGCAGUGGCUUGAGUUUCUUGCAAAUGAUUUGAUUAAAAAAAAAACACUAAUCUCCCGCCAACAAAAGGGAAGCGGCAGACUGAUCCAAGUGGUUUCCUAUAUGAACUGAUGAUGUAUGUAAAAGUGAUAUGUAGUUUGGGAUCAUCUGCGCCGAACCUUGUCGACCGCUCGCCAUCGUUUUCUUCUGUAACGCCUUUUCUCGUGCCAAAGUUCUGCCAUUUGUAUAAGAACUUCCUGUCCUGUCCUGUCACGUCACGCCUCUUUCUGUUGGACGCCUCUACAGAACCGUCUGUCCUCGGUCCUUGUUCACGUUUUGUCCUUGCGCGCCACGCCGUCCGCGGUUUUCACUCUGUGUCAAAUGAUGUGGUUUAAAAUGCAGUAUUUCUACAAAAAUGUUUGUUUUUGUACAAGAACAAGAAGUUUUGUAGUACUUUGUAUCAUGGUAGCCGCCC